GGCAUCGGGGGUUCCAAAACUAAAUUAAAAAAGCGGGCCUCUUUUUUCUCCGCCGCUGCUGCAGGGGCACCCACCCAAGAAGAAUGACAGAGCGCCGCCCAACCUCUGCCUCAAACUCAAAUUCCACCGAAACCCCACCGCCGCCUUCCGACAAGAACCCGGAAAAGGAGGAGCCCAAAGAACCGACCCGGAAAUCCAAAAGGCUAAAAGGCUGUCCGACCAAACUAGAAAAACUGGGAGAACUAUCGGCAUCCAACGGGAUCUCCUCUUUCACUUUCGACACGAAAUUAUUCGAUUGCUGCUCUCCCGAAUUCACGCCGAAAUUCGGAUCUUUCAGUCCGGUGACGUCGAAGCCGCCGGAGAAAGAUCGGCUUGCACGGAAAAGCGGAGACGAAGAAGAAGGAACUGAUCGAGAAGCAGAAGAAAGCGGAGACGAAGAAGAAGGAACUGAUCGAGAAGCAGAAGAAAGCGGAGACGAAGAAGAAGGAACUGAUCGAGAAGCAGAAGAAAGCGGAGAUGAAGAAGAAAAGAAGGGAAUUAGGUAGAAAUCAAAUGAUUGCAAUGUAAGAAUGAAUGAUCAUCGUAAUUGGGGGAAGAAAUGCUGAAUUGAAAAGUGGUUUCUUUUAGGUACUAUUUUCUGAUAGAAAAACCUUGUGCCGAUGGAAUUAUAUUAAAUUCCUUGGCAGAAA